AUGAACUCGAAACCUGAUUUAACUGAUCAACAUGAUCAAUAUAAUGGAAACAAAAAUGAUGAUAGAAUAAAUGGUGAACUUUUUCAAAUAAAGCCUUCAAAAAAAACAAAGAAAAAAAAAUUGAGACCUGCAAGAAUUCAAAAAGAACCUGGAACUGUGGAUGAUCAACCUCCUCAAACAGGGACAGUUUUCAACAUAUGGUAUUUAAAAUGGAGCGGUGGCGAUAAGGAGGAUGGAAUGUAUAACCAGCGGAAAGCUGAUUCUAGAUGUGUCAUAUCGACAGAUUCUGGUUACACCAAAGCAAACGAAGUCCCUGGUUCUUAUAUUUGCUUAUAUUUUGCUCGUGGAAUGUGUUCCAGGGGGAAAAACUGUGAUUAUCUUCACAGAUUACCUACUGAAUAUGAUAUCUAUUCCCAAAAUGUCGAUUGUUUUGGGAGAGACAAAUUUGCUGAUUACCGAGACGAUAUGGGUGGCGUGGGUUCUUUUUUACGCCAAACACGAACACUUUAUGUGGGUAGGAUUAAUUCAUCUGACAAUGUAGAAGAUGUCAUUUCUCGUCAUUUUCAAGAAUGGGGUAAAAUUGAACGAAUUCGUGUCUUAAACAAUCGUGGUGUGGCUUUCGUCACUUAUGCAAAUGAAGCAAAUAGUCAAUUCGCAAAAGAAGCAAUGGCACAUCAAUCAUUAGAUAAUAAUGAGAUACUCAAUUUACGCUGGGCUACAGAAGAUCCCAAUCCUCUUGCCCAAGCUCGGGAAAAGCGAAGAAUUGAAGAACAAGCGGCGGAUGCCAUCAGAAAGUUUUUGCCUAAAGAAUUGAUUAAUGAAGUUGAAACUACAAGACUAAGUUCUAAGAGAAAAAAAAUAUCAAGGGAAGAUAGAAAUUUAGAUGGUAACGAAACAGCUGACAAUAAAAUCAUUGAAGAGUCCUCAUCCUAUGUUUCUUUAGGGCCUAAUUCUCCAAACAUGAGAUCUCAAAUUACCGAAAAAGAAUAUACAAACAAGAAACCAGGAUUAUUUUCAUCUGGAACAUUAAAUGUACUUAGGUCUCUUUGCAGUAAAGAUGGAUCCCCUGUCACAGCCAGUAUUGUUGCCGAUUAUGAUAGUGAAUAA